ACCCUCCUAGAGAUAGGGUUCGAAUCUAUAAGAAUUCGACAAAAGCAUCGGUAAAUCUAUUUGAAAAUAUUGUUGAAAUCACACCAGGACUAUUCAUACUAGAUAAAACAUUAUUCUAUCCAGGUUUGACUCACGUAGGCCUAGUUGUCAAACGUUAGCAUAUAGGGGUAAGAUUUGAAAUACCGUUCAAAUCACACCAGGACUAUUAAUAUCUACUCGGGUUUUACCCAUGUAGUUGUCAAACGUUAGCUUAUAGGAGUGGGAGUUUGAGAAAUAUAUAGGAUUUGAAAUCGACGAAAAUCAAAGAUAAAUGUCAUUGAAAAAUUGUAGAAAUUAACAAAUUCACACUGGAUAAAAUCUUUUAAAUCAGAUCUUGAAUUUCACUUCCUACCUAACACAAUGUCACAAAGGCAACCCCCACCCCUCCCCCCACAAACCAAUAAACGUGGAAAUUUUUAAUUGAAGUGGAAAACGUUUUUUAUAGAAUGAUAGAAGUAAUUAUUCAAAAUACUAUGUUUGUUAAGUCUAUGCCACGGUUGCACAAAAGCCUGUUAAGUUUUAAUCAUGAUUAAAUGCCACGAGAACCAAUCAGAGAAGGCUUUUUCGAAAAGAAGGAUUCUCUGAUUGGUUCUCGUGGAAUUUAUUCACGAUUAGAACUCACAGAUUUUUGUACAACCGGCACUAUGAUUUAAAAACUUUAUAUCAAACUAUACUCUUACUUUUCUGCCAAAAUAAACCUUUCUGUCCAAGGACCCACUUUCCAAGUCCACAGUACUGUACUGUAAGUAAAACAAUGGUACACGAAUAUUACGGUUGAAUCAAUUAUUGUAACCCUUCAGAAAGGUGUUUCAUAUUUUUAAAUACGAUGAAAGAUUUCAACAGAUUCUCUGUUCUAUUGGAGACAGCAUGAGAAUAGAUUAGAAUAGGAUCGCUGCCUUUAUUUUUACCGAGGAGGGCGGAGUUAGGGCGCAGCCGGCCCUAUCUUACAAUAGUGUGUGAAAGUGGAUCUUAGAUACCAAUUCACAGUAGCUACCAAACACCUUUGUCAUAGAGUGAGCUUCUUACACUCAACCCAAUACAGCGCUAAAUAAAAAUUACUAGAUUAAAUUCCAAUACAGGUAAAUUUUAGGUACUGUACGAUAUUUGUUGAUAUUUUAGGACUGCAUUCCCUUCAAUCGAGUCCCGUCUCAUCCCCUUCAAAUCUCACAUUAGAAGUUACCGUAUCAUACAUCAAUGUACAUAUAUCCAAGAUGUGUGAAAAAAUUCAGGUCCUCUGCUGUAAAAAAUCGUCAACUUUGUGAAUUGUUCGAUUUAUUGUGAAAGAAAGUACAUGGCUGCUGUAAACUAUCCCACUGCCGACUACUUUUGCACUAUAUACCUACUGUCUGAGAAUCCAGCUGAAAACCACCAAUACAACUGAGAAAGACGAACUUAGCUACUUUUGUACAAACUUCCACUGUGAAUUUGUGUACGGUAGGUACUACUGGCAAAAAACUCACCGAAUGCUUGAAGGGUUGCUAUAGUUCUUGAAUAAAUGUUUGCCGUAACACAACGAAAAAGGGAGAGCACAAUCUUCAGUACCUACUCUUAGUGGAGUGUUCUGCCGUAUAAAUGACUGUACUAUACUGGAUGAACGAGCUUCUGUACAAACUUACCCUGCAGAUUUUGUACUACUGGCAAUAAAAGACACCGGAAACGUAAAAUGUUGUUAUAAUUCUGUAUAAAGUUCUAGCGUGAAUGCACCGACGAUUGGGGAGCGGCUGUACUAUACUGAAUGAACAAACUUUUAAACAAACUUCCACUGCCGUUUAAUGCACUAAUAGAAAAAACGACAUCGAAUGCAUGAAGAAAUGCUGUAAUUCCAUAUAAAGUUCCACCGUUUAAAGCACCAGAAAUGAGAGAGCACAUCAGCAUUAGUUCUUAUCUUAGCAGCAUCUUAUCUUAUCUUAUCUUAUCUUAUAGUGGAGUGUUCUACAGUGUAAAUGAAUAUACUAUACCACAGAAUACAACAAUGCUGUAUUCUGUGACUGUACUGGCUGAGAAUCAAAACCACCAAACUGAGAAAGACGAGCUUCUGUACAUACUUCCAAUACCGAUUUGUGUAGGCAAUUAGACACCGAAUGCUUGAAGAGUUGCUAUAAUUCUGUAUAAAGUUCAAAUAUAAACGCACAGAGAAUGACAGAGCACAUCUGCAGUAGUUCUUAAGUGGAGUACUGUACUAGUGGAGUGUAGUACCAUUUAUGGCUUUACUAUCUGGCUGAGAAUCAAAACCAUCAAACUGCGAAAGACGAACUUCUGUAAAAACUUGCACUGCUGAUUUGUGCACUACUGGCUAAAAACUACACCGUAUGCGUGAAGAAAUGCUAUAAUUCUGUAUAAAUUUCUACCGUGAACGCACCAAAAAUAAGAGAACACAUCUGCAGUAGUUCUUAUAAUGGAGUGUUCAACCGUGUGAAUGAAUGUACUAUACUGGCUGAGAAUCAAAACCACCAAACUGAGAAAGACGAACUUCUGUAAAAACUUGCACUGCUAAUUUGUGCACUACUGGCAAAAAACUACACUGUAUGCGUGAAGAAAUGCUAUAAUUCUGUAUAAAUUUCUACCGUAAACGCACCAAAAAUGAAAGAGCACAUCUGCAGUAGCUCUUAUAGUUCGUUACCAUAAACGCAUCGAUAAUGAAGGAGCACAGCUGCAGUAUUUAGUUCUUAGUGGGGAGUUCUACUGUAAAUACACCGAGACUAGGAAGGCACAUCUUCAAUAGUUGUUGGUGGAGAGAGGAGAUGAUAAUAUCAUCAUCAUUAUCACAUUAUUGAUGAUUGAUGUGUCAGUGGAAGCGGACAGCUCUCCCGGUUGCGAAUUCAAGUUCGGCAUCUACGCGGACAGCGACUCAUGCAGCACCAGCUACAUCAAGUGCGAGCAUGGCUACCCCUAUCAGACGCCCUGUGAACCAGGCCUCGCCUACGACGAGAAAAGCCACAAGUGCAACUGGCCUGACGAGCUGCAACACAUCUGCAAUCCUGAAGGCAAGUGUAGAGAUGGUCUCAAAAGCCCGGUUGCACGAAAGCCGGUUGAAUUUCAACCGUGAUGAAUUUC